AAAGGAUCUGCACAACCCUGCAUUGCUCUGCGCACGCUCGCCCUCCCAACCUCCAAAACCCAAAACCUCUUCCCUCUCCGCCGCCGCGCCGCCGCCGCCGCCGGAGACCUGUCCUACCGUCGAAGCGAGACCCGACCACCCAACCCAUUUCCCUUCAUUCCUCCCCCCUUGAGUAAAGAAGGAACCUUGCGAGAUCUCUGAAUCUCAGAAGCUACUUUCUACUUGGGCGCACAUCCGCAAUGGCCGCGCUGACUCGCAUCACCCACAAAGCCCACCUCCCGUUCCCCGCCGCCACGGCCGCCGGCGGCGGCAGGAGGCCGCGCGCCGCCAGGAUCCGCAUGUCCCUCCAGGAGAACGGCCCCUCCCUCGCCGUCGUCGGCGUCACCGGCGCCGUCGGCCAGGAGUUCCUCUCCGUCCUCUCCGACCGCGACUUCCCCUACCGCUCCAUCAAGAUGCUCGCCUCCAAGCGCUCCGCGGGCAAGCGAAUGACCUUCGAGGACCGGGACUACGUCGUCGAGGAGCUCACAGCUGACAGCUUUGAGGGCGUUGACAUCGCUCUGUUCAGCGCUGGCGGGUCGAUAAGCAAGGAGUUGGGGCCCAUCGCCGUCGAGAAGGGGACGAUCGUGGUGGACAACAGCUCGGCCUUCAGGAUGGUCGAGGGCGUGCCUUUGGUCAUACCCGAGGUGAAUCCUGAAGCCAUGGAGGGUGUUAGGCUCGGGACGGGAAAGGGGGCUCUCAUUGCGAACCCCAAUUGCUCGACCAUCAUUUGCUUGAUGGCUGCCACACCGCUGCAUCGACGCGCCAAGGUGGUUCGCAUGGUUGUUAGCACUUAUCAAGCAGCAAGUGGUGCUGGAGCUGCUGCAAUGGAAGAGCUUGAGCUUCAGACUCGUGAGGUUCUUGAAGGGAAGCCACCAACUUGUAAUAUCUUUAAGUUACAGUAUGCCUUCAAUUUGUUCUCUCACAAUGCUCCUGUUCUCUCGAAUGGGUACAAUGAAGAGGAAAUGAAACUAGUGAAGGAAACUAGAAAAAUCUGGAAUGACACAAAUGUCAAAGUGACUGCUACUUGCAUACGAGUUCCUGUCAUGCGCGCUCACGCUGAGAGCGUUAAUCUCCAGUUUGAGAAUCCACUAGAUGAGGAGACUGCGAAGGAUAUACUCAAGAAUGCUCCUGGUGUUGUGGUUAUCGAUGAUAGGGCAGCCAAUCACUUCCCUACACCAUUGGAGGUGUCAAAUAAGGAUGAUGUAGCGGUUGGGAGGAUACGUCGUGAUGUUUCACAAGAUGGGAAUUAUGGAUUGGAUAUCUUUGUCUGCGGUGAUCAAAUACGCAAGGGAGCAGCACUCAAUGCUGUUCAAAUUGCUGAGAUGCUCUUAUAAUUUGGAAUUUCUUCAUGAUAGCGAGGCUUUAGAUCUUAGCUUUUCCAGUACUCAGGUGGAGAUUUUUCCUUGUGAUAUGUCACCGUUGUAAGAGUGCUGUUCAUUCUUAGUUUGGAGUAGAAUAAGCUGGAGUAGGAGUUUGAUUUUGCCCAGCACGAACAGAUAGGCUCAUUAGAUCAUAUUUAAAAACUCCCUUUGGGAUUUUUUGCUAUGACUGGCCUGAUUGUUUAUUUGGAAUUUGUUUACCUUGAGUUCGAAAAGCUGUAUUUUGUCAUUCACAUGUCGGCUGCAUUCUCCUAACGAGCACCUCGUUCUUGAUAAUCAACAACCUUCUUGUUCC